GUUCAGGGCACAUGAGGGUGUCAACCUGUCAAUGCUGAAUAGUGCGGCCUGACUCAGACGUGCUCUGUUAACCUGUGUGCUUGCAUCUAGCUGCAUUUUACUGUUGCCCUGAUGAACUGAGUUCAAGGUAUAUGAGGGUGUUAGCCUGUCAAUGCUAAAUAACCCAGCCUGGCUCAGGCAUGCCCUGUUAAUCUGUGUGUAUGUGUGUUUGACUGAUUCAGUGGUUGGAGCAACCCAGCCCCACUGCACCUGAGUUCUGCAAAAUAUCUCCAUUGGGGGUGAGGACUGGCAGAAGGGAGAGAUACAGCUCCAUAUAGAAACACAAGUGACACAAGCAGCACAUGGAUAGAAUUACAGAGACCCUAGAAGUGCACCCCUAAUAAAAGAGCACACCCAAAGUGAUGGGCAAAGCUGGUAACACUAACGUCAGAGAGAGAGAAAUGAGGUUCCUUGGCGUAGGAGGGACACGGACGAAGGAAUUUGCUUAGACGCUUUGCAGCCUCUCCAGCUGCAGGCCCCAGGUUCAGCUACCAGUGGCACAGAAGAGUCUUCGUCCAGUGCCUGGUCAUUACAGCCACCCUAAAAACAACCUAUACCUGGGAGCAGAGGAGACACCUCCAGGCACCUGGAAGGCCAUUGCUGGGAAUAACCAUGUCUGCACAGCAUGCAGUACGGCUGCUCACUUGUGGCUACUCAUAAGAGGAGAGGCUGUCACUCACAGCAAACCACAGCUACCUGAAGCGUAUGCAGAGUCAACCGCCAGCAUCUCAAGCCAGUCGCAUUGUGAGCUCUCUACGCAUGGAAAGUGCUGAAUUCCUAGCCACGGCCAUGGGCUCCACCAACAACUGGGACCUGACCAAGAAGCUGAUUCUGGUCGAAAGCGAAUUCCAGGACCUGCUGAUGAACGACAGCGACUACAUGGAAUACAAUGGGAGCAAUACCUGUUGCUUCACGCCGCCCUGCAGCCGCACCCAUUCCUUCGACCAGGUCCUCAUGCCCAUCUUCCACAGCCUGGUGUUCAUGCUGGGGCUGCCGGGGAACUGCCUGGUGAUGGCUGUGCUGCUGCCCUGCCGGGGCAGCCUGACCAGCACCGACAUCUUCCUCCUGAACCUGGCUGUGGCUGAUGUGCUGCUGGUGCUGACGCUGCCCUUCUGGGCCGUGCAGGCCGUGCACGGCUGGGUUUUCUCCCAGGGCACCUGCAAGCUGGUGGGCUCCAUCUUCAACAUCAACUUCUAUGCCAGCAUCUUCUUCUUGGUGUGCAUCGGCGGUGACCGGUACUUCUCCAUCGUCCACGCGGUGCACGUGUACCGGCACAGCCGGGCCCACCUGAUGCUGCUCACCUGCGCUGUGGUGUGGGUGGCCUGCUUCCUCCUCACCCUGCCCGACUUCUACUACCUGAGUGCCUGGGAGGACGACCGCCUCAAUCGUACCGUGUGCUCCAAAGAAUUCUCCAUUCAACAUGCCCGGAAAUGGCGUGGGUGGCUGGAUGGCUGUUCCCAGGUCCUGGGCUUCCUGCUGCCACUGGUCGCCAUGCUGUUCUGCUACACCAGCAUCAUCAUCACCCUGCGGCGCUCCCAGGGCUUCCACAAGCACCGGGCCAUGCGGCUCAUCCUGAGUGUGGUGGGCGUCUUCUUCCUGUGCUGGACGCCGUACCACCUGGUACAGCUGCUGGAGACCCUCAUCGACCAAGAGGUGCUGACCCGCGACUGUGCCCGGGAGGAGGGGGUGGACACAGCCCUCUCCGUGACCUCCUUUUUCGGCUAUCUCCACUGCUGCCUCAACCCCCUGCUCUACGCCUUUGUCGGUGUCAAGUUCCGCGGCAAGCUCCUGGAGCUGCUGGCUCGCACCGGGUGCAUCAGCCGGGACCUGCUGAGACGGAAGGGCUGCCUGCCGGCCCUGCGCCGCGACUCCACGUGGUCCGAGACCACUGAUGCCUCCAACUCAGGGCUCUGAGGGGGCCCUCCAGGCAUCAGGAGGAGGACAGCGACCCUGGCCUCUCUCUCCAGGGUCUUGAAGGAGCAUCCCAAGACAGUGUUGCCUAGAAAUCCUCAUGUGCCAGCUGCCUGCACAGUACCUUUUCCUGGUGGGGCCAGGGCUAGGCAAAGUGGGACCCAGAAGGAGCAGGGCACAACACAGGGGUCAGAGCCCCUGCCUCUCAGCUCAGGGCCUGCUGCUCCAACCCUAGCUGGGCUCUCAUGCCCCUGAUGCACCCCUCUACACAGUGGCAUUCCCGAGAAAAUGUUAGCAACCACCUCCCCCAACCCACACCCUCACAUGCUUUCCCCCACAGACCUAGUGCAACGCUGUAAAUUAGCUGCUCUGGGCAGCAGGCAGGGAAGCCCCCUGCUCCUCUGCCCAUUCUGGGGCACUCCCAUGUUCAGGCUCUGGGCACUGCAAAAGCUAAGAUAGCAAUGAGAGGGUCAAAAAGGCCAGGGCCUACCAGGAUAUGUGGUCACCCUGAGUCUCCCCAGCUCGUCGCCAGCCCUUACCCUCUGGCCAGACACCCCUCACUUCCCUUGGAGCAGGGGGUGCCUGCUCCAGCCUGGUGCAUAAAGCAGGAUCCAGCCUGCUUUCUGCACCAUCUUCUGUGUUCACUCCGGAGAGGCUGCAGCUCACCAGCAGCCCCGCCCGGUGUGGUGCUGCGAGACGUGAUGUGGGGGUGCAGACUGCUGGCAGUGCUGGGGCACUGGUGCCAGCGCUCUGCAAGGAACUGCAGCGGCCUCAGAACUCGUUUCUCUUCAGCUUCGUAUUGUGGUUUUAACACA